AUGGCUGAUCAGCUGCGCUUCGACGGCCAGGUCGUUGUCGUCACGGGCGCCGGCGGCGGCUUGGGCAAGGCCUAUGCCACCUUCUUUGGCUCUCGCGGUGCUAGUGUGGUCGUCAACGACCUCGGGGGCUCCUUCAAGGGCGAGGGCAACUCGACAAAGGCAGCCGACGUCGUCGUCAACGAGAUCAAGGCUGCCGGCGGCAAGGCCGUCGCAAACUACGACUCGGUCGAGAACGGCGAUAAGAUUAUCGAGACGGCGAUCCAGAACUUCGGCCGCAUCGAUGUGCUGAUCAACAAUGCCGGCAUCCUGAGGGACAUCAGCUUCAAGAACAUGAAGGACGAGGAUUGGGACUUGAUUUACAAGGUCCACGUCAAGGGCUCCUACAAGUGCGCACGCGCAGCAUGGCCUCAUUUCAGGAAACAAAAGUACGGCCGUGUCAUCAACACCGCCUCAGCCGCGGGUCUCUUUGGCAGUUUCGGCCAGUGCAACUACUCGGCUGCCAAACUCGCCAUGGUUGGAUUCACGGAGACAUUGGCCAAGGAGGGUGCCAAGUACAACAUUUUGUCCAAUGUCAUUGCACCAAUCGCCGCCAGCAGAAUGACGCAAACCGUCAUGCCGCCCGACGUCCUCGAGAACCUGAAGCCCGACUGGGUUGUGCCCCUGGUCGCCGUGCUGGUACAUAAGGACAACACCGACGAGAAUGGCUCCAUUUUCGAGGUCGGAGGCGGUCACGUCGCUAAGCUUCGCUGGGAACGGUCCAGCGGCCUACUACUCAAGGCCGACGACAGCUACACUCCCGGCGCGGUUCUCAAAAAGUGGGAUCAGGCCAUUGACUUCUCCAAUCCUCAGUAUCCCUCCGGCCCCAAUGAUUUCUUGACUCUUCUGGAGGACUCCAUGAAGAUGGGCCCCAAUGACCAGGGCGAGAAGCUCGACUUCACCGGCCGUGUUGCUCUCGUCACUGGUGGAGGCGCUGGUAUCGGCCGGGCCUACAGUCUGGCGUUUGCCAAGCACGGUGCUUCCAUUGUCGUGAACGAUCUAGCUAACCCUGAUGACGUCGUGAACGAGAUCAAGAAGCUCGGCGGAAAGGCCGUUGGUGUAAAGGCAUCGGCUGAGGAUGGCGACGCGGUCGUCAAGGCCGCUAUCGAUGCUUUUGGCCGCAUCGACAUCGUCAUCAACAAUGCGGGCAUCCUCCGCGACAAGGCGUUCAACAACAUAGAUGACAGCCUCUGGGACCCCGUCCUGAACGUGCACCUCCGCGGCACUUACAAGGUUACCAAGGCCGCCUGGCCCUACUUCCUCAAGCAAAAGUACGGCCGGGUGAUUAACACCACGUCCACGUCUGGCAUCUACGGUAACUUUGGCCAGGCCAAUUACGCCGCCGCGAAAUGCGGUAUCCUCGGUUUCUCCCGUGCUUUGGCGCUUGAGGGCUAUAAGUACAACAUCUACGUGAACACCAUUGCACCCAACGCUGGCACGGCCAUGACACGAACUAUUAUGCCCGAGGAGAUGGUCCAGGCCUUCAAGCCUGACUACAUCGCCCCCGUCGUCCUUGCCCUCUGCAGUGACAAGGUCCCCAAGAACCCAACCGGUGGCUUGUACGAAGUCGGUAGCGGUUGGGUUGGCCAGACCCGCUGGCAACGAAGCGGCGGUCACGGCUUCCCUGUCGACGUGCAGUUGACCCCCGAAGAGGUCCUGAAGCACUGGGACUCUAUUCGCAACUUCGACGACGGUCGUGCCGACCAUCCUGAGAAGACACAGGACGGCAUCCAGAAGGUUAUGGCAAACAUGGAAAACAAGCGCAACAAGGAGGAAGCAUCCGGCGGUGACUCGCAGUACCUUGAUGCCAUCAAGACAGCGAUGAAGGCCGAGCCCAAGGGCACCGACUUCAAGUACGAGGAGCGCGAUGUGAUGCUUUACAAUUUGGGUGUCGGCGCCAAACGCGACCAGCUCAAGUACGUCUUCGAAGGUGCCGACGACUUCCAAGUCAUCCCUACUUUUGGCGUCAUUCCUCCGUUCGGCACCGAGAUGCCUUACAACUUCGACGACAUCGUUCCCAACUUCUCGCCCAUGAUGCUGUUGCACGGAGAGCAGUAUCUCGAGAUCAAGAAGUACCCCAUUCCCACGGCGGCGAAGCUUGUGUCGUACGGAAAACUGCUCGAGGUUGUCGACAAGGGCAACGCUGCGAUAGUCAAGAACGGCAUCACAACGGUCCACGCCGAGACCAAGGAGCCCGUCUUCUACAACGAGAUGACUGUAUUCCUGCGGGGUUGCGGCGGCUUUGGCGGCCAAAAGAAGCCCGCCGAUCGCGGUCCCAGCACCGCCGCCAACAAGCCCCCUUCCAGGCACCCUGACGUCGUGAUCGAGGAGAAGACGACCGAGGAGCAAGCAGCUCUGUACCGUCUGAGCGGUGACUACAACCCUCUUCACGUUGAUCCAGCCUUCGCCAAGAUGGGAGGUUUCAAGGCCCCGAUUCUCCACGGCCUUUGCUUCUUCGGCAUUGCCGGCAAGGCCGUCUAUGAGCGCUUCGGACCCAUCAAGAAUAUCAAGGUGCGCUUCGCCGGCACCGUCAUCCCCGGACAGACUCUGGUGACGGAGAUGUGGAAGGAUGGAAACAAGGUCAUCUUCCAGACGAAGGUCAAGGAGACGGGCAAGCUGGCUAUUGGCGGUGCCGCGGCGGAGUUGGCCUCCGACAAGAGCAAGAUGUAG